GUGAAGAGGUUAGAAAGCUCCACUGUGGCACCAGGAGGGCAGACGCUGGCAGAGAUGGCAGCCAUGAUGACAGGUCUUCUCCUUUUGCUGUUGGCCGGUGUGACAGUGGGCAGAGUGCUGGAUCUGCAGAAGAGAAUAUACGGAGGUGACACAUGUGCUGCUACUGAACGUCUGUACCAUGUGGAGCUGAUACCAAAUGAUGGGGGUCCGACCUCCAUGUGUGGUGGAUCUCUGAUCAACGAGGAUUGGAUUCUGACUGCAGGUCACUGUGUAGAGGAAGGGAUUGUAACAAAAGUGAUAGCAGUUCUAGGUGUGCAUCCAGAUGGCAAAGGAGAAGCUGUUAAUAUCAAUAUCAAAGAAAUUGAAAGAUAUAAAGACGUCAAAGGGACCCAUGACAUCGCACUGCUGAAGUUACCUAAGGAUGCUGCGAAGGGUUUUAAAACUGUAAAUCUUCCUGACUGUAAGAAACCUCUCAAAAAAGGUGAUAAAGUUCAGAUUGCAGGUCACGGACCCACAGCGAGACCCAAAAAUGAAAACUUCCCAAAAACUCUCCAAUGUGCAGACACUACGGUCAUCGACCGUGUGGUCCCAGUCUGUACAUUGUACGCUGGCUUUUACAGGGACCCUGCAAAUAUCUUCUUCUUAAACAAUGCUAACGUGGAUACAAGACCU